UUCAUGUUCAGGUUAUGCUUUCAAAUCCAACCUGCCAAGUUUGAGGCUUCAGAGUCAGCAUGCAGACAUUUCCAGUAGUGCUCAGACUCUGACAAGGCCUGAGGUCACAGGUGAGCGCUGUGGGUAUGACAGGAGUAAGGCUGAUAGGGACUGUGGGGAGUCCACAUGGAGGUCUUUGAUUCUCAGCCCAGCACUUUGGUGGGAGGCCCCUGAGUACAUGCCCUCCUGGGCUCCCGUGAGUGGGAUGACAAAGUGGUGAACGCUUUGUUCUCGGAGGGUCAGGAAUAAGAAGCACUUUGUUCCUCAGAAACACAACAGUGCUUUCCUACUCACCUUGCCAUGAGAGCACAGGCUAUGGAACAGAGAAAACAUCAAAGAAAGCCCAGACACUUAGGAACUUUUGGCAGGGAGGUUGGAACUAAGUGUUCCAAUGACACUGUAGAGGAGGAGACCAGAUGGCAAUGCCUCUUUCCUCCCACCCAUCCAACCCCCUCAGCACAGGGGCUCAUCAAACUCAGGGGACAUUCCUUCCUCCCAGACUGAUCUUUACUCAGAAACCUUUCUAGCCUCUCCUCAUCUCCUGACUGUCUUGGCCUCGGCAAGAAGAACACCCGUCCCUACCCAGCUGUCUUCAGCUCCUGUCCUUCCUCCCAGCUGCCAGAGAAUUAUCAGCAGGAGGAAUGGCACCAGCUGUGACCCGGCUCCUUUUCCUUCAGCUUGUUCUAGGGCCAACUCUGGUCAUGGACAUCAAGACACAGAUUGGCAAAAAGAAAUUCUAUGCUUUAAACGUUGACUAUCCCAGGGUUAUCUUCCCAAAGAGUUUCAAGGGCUAUUGUAAUGGUCUGAUGUCCUAUAUGCGGGGCAAGGUGCAAAAUUCGGAUUGCCCAAAGAUCCAUUAUGUGGUACAUGCCCCUUGGAAGGUCAUCAAGAGGUUCUGCAAGUAUAGUGACAACUUCUGUGAUAAUUACAAUGAAUACUGCACGCUCACCGAGGAUUCCUUCCCCAUCACGGUCUGCUCCCUGAACUACCAACAGCCACCCACCAGUUGCUACUAUGAUAGCACCCUGACCAACCAGAAGCUCUACCUACUCUGCUCCCGCAAGUAUGAAGCUGAUCCAAUAGGUAUCAUCGGUCUCUAUUCGGGAGUUUAAUUCCUGAGUCAUUCCCCAACCUCUACCACCACAGACCAGCCUGUCUCCAUUUCCAACACUCUGAUUCCUGUAACAAGACUUCCUUCCUCACUUCUGAGGCAGGCAGAGUCCGCUCCCAAGAGACCAGGUGGGUGGGAAAAUGUCCAGGGCUUUGAUCACCAUGCGAAGUGGUGCUAUCUUCUAGGUUCUUUCCAGCUUGUUUACCCCCUCUUCACCCCCACCUCCUCAUCAUCCUCCCUCUCCCAGAGACAGUAAAACCCACCCAAGAAGUUGACUGUGUCCAGUUGGCAGUGACUGUCCACCCACUGGGCCAGAUCCUAAGUCCUGGAUGGAGGCCCAGGGCCUCAGCUCACACCAUGGCAACAGGCACCAGCUCCGAGUCUCACCUCCCCAUUCCCACCACCCUUCUCGUCUCAGCCUCCCCUAGUUCCCUUAUAAUUCCCUCCACUCACCCACCUACUCAGGGGAUAUGGCUAGCUAUAGGAACCUCCCUGAGGCCUUCAGACUCAUGUUAGCCUCACUUCCCCACAACCCCCAGUUUCCAGCCUGUUUCUCUCUGUGAAAUCAUUGUUUCUCCCUUCAUAUAACUUUCCUCUCCUCUUUCUUCUUACUAUGGAGCCUAAGACUGUCUCUCCCCCCAACUCCCCACCACCUUAGUCACCCUGCCUUCCUUUUUCCAACCUCUUUUUCUUCCAGUCUUCUUACCUUGGCUCACUGGCAUUUCAAGGUAUCUUCUCUCAUCCAUUCCACAGAGGUUCCUGCUUCCCUUCUCUUCCAGAAGCUCCUCCCAAAUCCCCCAGACUCCAGAGUCUGCCCCUGACCAGGCAGGGAACGAGGCAGGCCCAGCUCUAAUCAAACAUAAAUUUCUAAAACCACAUCUGAGUACGUAAGAUGUAACCAUUGGAGGAAACUGGGUGAAGGGCACAAGAGACCCCUCUGUACUAUUUUUUUUUGUAACUUUCUGUGAAUCCAUAAUCAUUUCAAAAUAAAAAGUUAAGAACA